AUGGCCGGGCCUGGACGAAACACAAGUGAAUCCAGGAUUCACAAGACGAAGCAAAGGCGCAAGCACAAGACGCUGUGCAAGUCUCGGUCCGGGACCGAGACUCUUCAUGGUGUGUCUGCCGGGCAGACACAGGUGCCAACAGUGGCCGUCGAGACGUUGAACGUCUUGACGCGGGUCUGUACUGUAUACGAGUACGAGAAGAUGGAGUUGGAGAACCCUCCGACUGAUACGUCGGAGUUGAUCUCGCUUCCAGUCAUGACCUGGAAGCGCUUCGCAAAGGAGCUAUGCAUUCUUUCGGACUGCGAAAGAAUGACAAGUGAAGCAGAGGAGCUGGGCCAACUCUUCGCUGGAAGCCCCACUGAGAGUGAUGAUACUCUCAGUGGCAAGACGAAGCAGGAACGCUUCGACGAGCAGAGUUGCAAGACUCUGCGAGAGCACAUGGAUGUGCUCUCGGAUGGGACCCCUGCGGAAGAAGUAUCCCGACGCGACAGUAGCCACUGUCGCGGGAUCAAGCAAGCCGGGCUGUGGACGGGAAGAAGAAACGCGCACGGAAAUGAACCGCUGCGUGAUCGCAGCCGUUAG